AUGGCUUUCUUUUCCGCUGGUCAUAAUGUCAUGCACAUAUCCAAGUUCGUUGUCAAGAUCGUCUUCAGCGCGGGUCUUGCUUUCUUCCUGCGCCUCACAGAGAAUCGCCUUGGCUAUCAGUUCAGAUUUCAGAAGUCUUUGGGUAGUUCUCGCCCUGCGAACCCGGGCUCGUCAUGGCAGCACCCACCGAAAAUGGAUGAUGCCGUCCCACCCACCACUGAAGCAGUGGUUCCAUUGGUUACGGAGACGAUGAUAUCCUUGGUUCUUGAGACGAAGCCGCUGGUUGUUCAAGACACACACGGAGAAUCCAACAUAACUGGGAGUAGUCAUCCAGAGGUCCUGUACUCGGCGCACAAUACGUCGCUAAUGGCGUGCAUCAUUGGAUUAUCUGUCUGUUCCUUAUUUGCCAUAAUUGCAGCUACCUGCAUAAUUCUGUCCCCCUCGCGUCACUCGAUACAGAAGGCACGACCAAAACUGAAGGCAAAACCGAGGUCAGGAAGUCGAUGGUGGAAUAUAGUCAAGUGGAUGUGGGCGUUAAAUCCUAGGAGGCAAGUGCCGACGGGCACGAACACUUCUGAUGGUUCUGGGCAGUCAAGGGGAACCUCUCCAGAGCUACCUGGCUCAUACCCCGUUGAUUUUGCUCUUGGAUUUGGCCCUCCGAGAACACGGGACGGAUCUGGAAACUUUUGUUUUGUCAGAGGCGGUAUGCCCCCGCCCCCACCACCUCCUCCCAUGCACGUGGAAGCCAUGUUUGAAAAUAAUUGGAACGACUGGUUGUCAUUUAUCAUCUUGCUCCCGUUUAUUCUGUACGUAUUGAGAACUACUGGGCGCCUACUUCUCCGUUUCAUGAAGAGCAUCAUGAGAAGGGUUUCCCGGCGACGCGCAGGCCCGCGCUUGUUACGUGUCUUUCCAGAUCGACCUAGCAAGAACCCACCAUUGCAAGUCAAGGUUCCAAAAGCGCCUCCUGCGGUUGUUUCGUCUAGAAACUCGACGUUAACACAGGAUGUCAUCCAAUCGACAAACUCUCAGCGAUCGCUUCCUGUACGGAGUCAGUUGGCUAGUUCCAUUAUAUCUGGGACUCGACUUCUGCGAAAGACUUUGAAGAUCUUGGCAUUGAUUACGCUCUUGCUGCACUCUUGUAUCUUCUAUAUGGCGCCUGCAUUGAUUGUCUUGAUUAUGUGGUAUUAUUUGCCGGACAUACUUCUCCGUUUAUUAUCUGGUCCAAAUCCACGGAGUAUGGUUAGAGAGCAGAGUCAAACGGCGAACCGCCCAAUUGAUGUUGACCAAAUAUCAGAGGAGUCGGAAGCCAACAGGACGCUCGUAUACACGCGAGCCAUGCAUGGCUCUAAAUCAAGGCCCGGAAAGACAGUACACACACCCGCAGACGUCCCAGAAGCGAUGGGACCUUGUUAUGUUCGAGUUUAG